UUCACCAGCUGCAACCACCAGAGGCUGACAUGCUGUCCAUCCCAGAACUGAUAAAGAAGAAAAGAGAUGGAGGGAGGCUGACGGAUGAAGAGAUCAGGCUUUUCAUCCGGGUGGUCACAAACCGAUCCAUCCAGGACUGUCAGACAGGAGCGAUGCUGAUGGCCAUCAGACUGAACGGAAUGGAUCAAGCGGAAACCAGAGCGCUGACCCAGGAGAUGAUGUCAUCAGGGGAAGUGAUGUCAUGGCCAGAGGAGUGGAGAGGACGGCUGGUGGACAAACAUUCGACAGGCGGAGUGGGAGAUAAAGUCAGUCUGGUUUUAGCUCCCAUGCUAGCCGCCUGCGGCUGCAAGGUUCCUAUGAUCAGUGGGAGAGGUUUGGCUCAUACUGGAGGAACUCUGGAUAAACUGGAAUCAAUCCCAGGAUUCAAGGUGGAGCAGCCCGGAGCCCAGGUUCACAGGAUUCUGGCAUCAGUGGGCUGUUGUAUUGUGGGUCAGACAGAGGCGCUGGUACCUGCAGACCGAGUCCUGUAUGCCAUGAGAGACGCCACCAGUACAGUGGACAGCCUGCCUCUCAUCACAGGUUCCAUCAUCUCGAAGAAGGGGGCAGAGUCUCUCAGUUCUCUGGUUCUGGACGUGAAGUUUGGAAGAGCUGCUCUCUAUAAAGACUUGUGCAGUGCGAAGCAGCUGGCCGAGUCGCUGGUCAGUGCAGGAAAUGAUCUGGGCAUGCGGACAGGGGCGGUGCUUAGCCGUAUGGAUGUUCCUAUUGGUCGAUGUGUGGGGAACAGUUUAGAGGUGAUAGAAGCUCUGGAAACACUGAAGGGCAAUGGACCUGAUGACCUCCUGGAGCUUCUGACAACCCUUGGGGGCAUGUUGCUUUUGAUGAGUGGCAGGGUGUCCAGCCUCUCAGAGGGAAGCACGAUGGUUUCUGAGACUUUGACUGGUGGAGCUGCUCUCUCCAAGUUCCGGGCCAUGAUGGAGAUGCAGGGCGUGGCCAGUGAGGUGGCGAGGUCACUUUGCUCCGCCGGCACAGAUUACCACAUGUUUCUGAGGAAAGCUGAACAUCAAAUUGAGCUGAAGACACCCAGAGACGGAACUGUUUUGGAUAUCGACGGCUUGACCUUGGCUGAAGUUCUCCACACAUUAGGGGCUGGCCGAUCAAAGGUCGGUGAGCCUGUCAAUCACAGCGUGGGGGCGGAGCUUCUGGUUUCACCAGGACAAACGGUCAAGAGAGGUGACCCCUGGCUGCGUGUUCACUAUGAGGGUCCUCCUCUGAGUCCAGACCAAACCAGUCGACUGCAGAACAUUUUGACUCUGGCUGAUCAGGAACAAACGCACGUCACACAACAGAGCCUGGUGGCCGAAAUCAUCCUGCCUCAGUGAAGCGCACACACAGGCACGCACUUACACGCACAGACACACACACACACACACACACAAAAUAACAGCCAAUAACAGGAAUGAACUGGCCAGCAGUUGCAGACUCCGAUACAAGCAUCUAUUUUGUAAUUAUAGGUAAAUCAUAGACAAAUACCAUUAACUUUGUAUGCAACGCCCCCCCCCCCUUUACUGGACCGUUAGCGAUCACGUUUUUGAAUUUUUGAAUGUCGCACCUCCCGACUGGACGUUGUGCACGUGAUGUGCAUGACGAGGCAGGUAUGUUGCCGUGCAGCUUUACUGCCAGCUGAUGACGCUUAUAGCAGGACUCAGGCUUGUACCGCCUCAUAAAGAAUUCACUUGACUCACUGCAUCAUAUAUAUAUAUAUGUGUGUGUGUGUGUGUAUAUACACACACACACACACACAUAGCACCCCCCCCCACACACACACAUCAUGCUCCCAGCCUGUGUUUGUAACUGGGAUGCAGUGAUGACACCGUGUGAUGUAACUGAGAUGCAGUGAUGACACCGUGUGAUGUAACUGAGAUGCAGUGAUGACACCGUGUGAUGUAACUGAGAUGCAGUGAUGACACCGUGUGAUGUAACUGAGAUGCAGUGAUGACACCGUGUGAUGUAACUGAGAUGCAGUGAUGACACCGUGUGAUGUAACUGAGAUGCAGUGAUGACACCGUGUGAUGUAACUGGGAUGCAGUGAUGACACCGUGUGAUGUAACUGGGAUGCAGUGAUGACACCGUGUGAUGUAACUGGUAGAAUCAUUUGGUUUGUUUUCUGCAGCUCAGGUCAGGACCCUAGUUAAAGUCUGUCAUUCAACUGUUAAAGUGACCGUCCUGAAUAUUGAACCAGUCAUUACUUAAUCCAUUCAGUUCACUUCCCGGUCACAGGGCGUCACUCUAUCCCAGCAUGCACUGCGCAGAAUGCAAGAGACUCUUGACAGGUCAGCUGUCCAUCACAGGACACAAACACAUUUAAUCUGCAGUUGGGUUACGGUUGCUUCAUAUGAUUCAUGCAGUGCAGUUAUAUUUCAUUUAAUCUGCAGCUGGGUUACGGUUGCUUCAUAUGAUUCAUGCAGUGCAGUUAUAUUUCAUUUAAUCUGCAGCUGGGUUACGGUUGCUUCAUAUGAUUCAUGCAGUGCAGUUAUAUUUCAUUUAAUCUGCAGCUGGGUUACGGUGGCUUCAUAUGAUUCAUGCAGUGCAGUUAUAUUUCAUUUAAUCUGCAGCUGGGUUAUGGUUGCUUCAUAUGAUUCAUGCAGUGCAGUUAUAUUUCAUUUAAUCUGCAGCUGAAACGUGUUUGGUAACUCGGAAAGAGCUGGACUCAAACCCACAACCUUCUGACUGCGAGCUGACAGCACAAACCACCAAUCCUCCGUGUUGUUUGACUGUUUAACCAGCUUUGUCAAUGAUGUAAUUCAUAUUUUAGCCACAACUCAAUUUACAUGUCAAAUCACGUCUUUUUUGUCAGGCUUGCUUUCAGUUCAUAAUCACUUCAUAAUUUCCAUUUAACAUUUUAGUUCAUAAUCACUUCAUAAUUUCCAUUUAACAUUUUAGUUCAUAAUCACUUCAUAAUUUCCAUUUAACAUUUUAGUUCAUAAUCACUUCAUAAUUUCCAUUUAACAUUUUA